AUUUCUUUGCUAAAACCCAAACUGAAGUCUAGCAGAAUAUAAUAGAAAAGAACUUAAUUGUCCUAUGACGGAGGAAUUCAGGUGUUGCAGCAAAGUGACGUGACAUUGAGGCAGUUUUCUCUCCUGGGUGUCUGGAGGUCCAGCUGGAGCUCCACAUAUUUCCAGCCCUGACAUCUGGGAGGCGUCCUGCUGCUGGGGGCGUGGCUCCGGGCUUUGGCUAGGACGUACGGACAGACUGACAUCACGCACUGUGAGGGACGGACGGACGCUCAGCUGGGGCUCUGCCUGAAGGUCAGUGGCUUCUCCUCCUCCUAAAUAAGAUCAAAUAUCUGCUUUAGCGACUUCAUUCAGCCUUUUUAGAGUUGUGGACGAAUUGGGAAUCAGAAACAGAUCUGCUUAUUUCCCCUCCAGAUGAACUUGGCUCUGAUCCACGACCGUCUGUACAUCAAGUCGUUCUGGGAGAACCGGAUCAGCGCCGAUAGCCAGCAUGCUGAGAGCGAAGAAACCAGGAUGAACAAGAGUGCCCUGAAAAAGCUGAGGGAAGAAUGGUUCGUCCGUCUGGAGAACCGGAACAAACACCUGAAGAAGCUCAACGACGGCUUCGUCCGCAAGGCGAAGACGGAGAAGUCAGCUGACCAGACAUGAGCCAAUCAGAGGACAGCAGGAGCGACGGACGAGUUUCAGUGUUUAGAUUCAUAAAAUGUUUCUGAAUAAAUUGUUUAGUUCUGCUGUGAAAUGAAA